AUAAAAAAUAAAUUAAAUUAUUUCUAAAACCUUAAAAAAUCUUAAACAAAGUAGAAGAUUUAAAAAACUUCAAAUAAAUAAUAGAAAGCCAAAAAAAAACUAAUAAUUAAAAAGAUGAUUCCUAUGCAAUAAUACCCUCCCCAAUAAUACCCUCCACAAUAAUACCCUCCUUAAUAAUAGGUUAUUCUAGUUUAAUAGCCUAUGAUGAAUGAUUAUUAAUAAUAGCUUUUACAAAUCUAGAGAUAAUAAUAACUUGCUCUUCUAUAAAAAGUCUAGUUUGAUGUCCCUUAAAACUGGACUAACGAAACUACUCACCUUAGGUUCUCCUAACAAGUUUGCUGCUUUGGUAAAACUUCCAUAUAUACUUAGACUUAAAAUUUUGGAAGAAUCGACUUUUACAGAGGAAAUUGCAAAUUGGCUUGUUUCAGUUGCAAAUAAAGUUGUCUUUGCUAUGACCAUGUAGAAAUACCUUACUACUUCUAAAAUAACCCAAGUUAAUCUUGCCCUAUUGAAAUUGAAAUGUGUUGCUUGAAGACUGCAUUAAUUAGAUACAAGGGUACUGUCAUUGGUAAGGUUGAACUCCUUAUAACAGGUAUUUGUGCCACAUCUCCAAGAGUUGUUGUUAAACCUAUCGAUGAAUCUAAAUCUCCUAUGGUCCUUAUACCUUUAGUUUCCUGCUCUAACAGAUUAGAUAUGUGCUCAGGUUAUUCUUGCAAAUAUCCAAGAAUAAUUAAUGUUGAAAGAAACGGAAGUCCUUACACAAAAAUCACUAAUAACUUUGAACCUAAUCCUUGCUGCACUAUGCCUUGUUCUGAAUAAAAUGCAUUUUAUGCAAGAGGAGAUAUUUCUUUUGAACCUACUAUGAAAGAUGAUGAAAAAAUAUUGCUAGUAUGUGGUUGGAUCAUAUAACAAGCCUUUAUGUCUCGUGUUUUAUGA